AUGUCACAAAAAAACCAGACAGACAUAACUACUGUAACCGAAUUUUUCAUUGUGGGGUUUCCUGGACUUCAGCCUGAAUACUACAACCUCAUGGGGACAAUUUUCCUCAUUAUCUACUGUAUUAUAUUAUUAGAGAAUUUUAUCUUUGUACUAUUAUUUGCAAAUGAACCAAGCCUUUAUAAGCCUAUGUAUCUUAUCAUGAUCAAUCUGGCUGUUUCUGAUAUUGGAUUCUGCACUGUAGCCCUGCCUAAAAUAAUCUCACGCUACUUGUUCAAUAAUGGCUUCAUCUCAUUCAAUGUCUGUUUUUUGCAAAGGCAAUUGAUCCAUUAUUUUGGUACGCUAAACUCUCUUAUCAUGAUGAUCAUGGCUUUAGACCGUUAUUUGGCUAUCUGCUUUCCACUUCGAUACUCUGUAUUUAUGUCUGUUCGGACUAUGUGGUUCCUAUCAGGGUUUUCCUGGGUAUCAUCUAUGAUUUGCCCUAGUAUUUCUACAUCACUUACUGCAAAGAUGCCAUUCUGUGGGCCCAAUCUGAUCAUUAACUGCUACUGUGACACAUUAUCAAUGAACAAUCUAGCCUGUACUGAUACAAGAGCUUCAUAUCAAGUGCAGUUCUCACUAGCCAUGUUUGUUCUUCUCGUACCUUUUUCUUUUAUCAUUUUCACAUACAUCAGCAUUGUGGUGGCAGUAAUCAGGAUAAAAAAUAAUCAAGGCAGAAUGAAAGCCUUUUCCACUUGUGGCACACAGUUGUUCAUUAUCAGCCUUUAUUAUGCACCUCGCUUAUUUGUUUACACAACUCCUUUUAUACCUAAUUUUAAAAUUACAGUGGAUGAAAGAAUGACAUUUACUAUGGUCUAUUCACUGCUGCCACCACUAGUAAACCCAUUUAUAUAUUGCUUUAGGAGCAAAGAAAUCCAAGUCCUAUUUUUUAAAUGGUGCUUAAGAAAAAAGAUUACAAAUAAGAUUAUCAACGUAAAUGUAAAUGAAUAG